UGCACACUGCAGCUGGCAAAACCCCGCCCAAUUCUUUUUCAGGGAUGGGAUGGAAUGCACUUUGUUGCGGUGGAUACCGGAACUGGACCUGGGACUGGAGGCGGUCCGCCACCUCGAACUGCGGCCAAUAGCUCAUCAGAGCGGAUUCGCAACAUGCAGCUGCGUCAUCCAGCCUCGUAGCCUCGUUGCAUUUCGUUUUCACCUUCUCAAAGCUCUCAAAAUGCUACGUAGUCAUGUCUCAGUUGAAGUCGCGUCUUAAUGGCUCCACAUCAAAGGCGCGCGAUCCGCCGCCUUCAUUAUUCCUUCAUCCAUCUCCAGCUGCCUCGAAUGUCUCUCUCCCGGGACUGAGCGCAGUUCAAACUGCGUCAUCAAUGGGUCCUUCAUCUACUGGACAGCAUCUUGUUCCGUCGACUUCAAAUCAAGCCGCAGGUCCUCCAAAACUUACACGCCAAGGAUCGCUGUUGAAUCCGCGAGGGCGCGGUAACAAUGCAGGCCCGAUUCCAAGAUUGCAGACUGGGGACUCUUCCCGUACAGUCGACAGGACCGACGCUCUAUGGGCAGAGAUGCAAGCCACCUUGGAAGAGGUUGAGCUCUCAGCAUCUGGUGGAACUCAUGUGUUCGGUCUGGAGCAUGAUCGCAAGCUAACAGAACUACGAUCAGCUCAAAUUGCCUUGGCACAAGCAUGGGCAAGGAGUGAGGCAGACGAUGCAAUUGAUACCACAGACGGCGUUGGAAAUGAGGAAGUGCGCGACUUGAAGGGAGCUCUAGGUGGUGCCGGGUUGACUGCUGCAGGUGGUGCCGGACCUGGACUGGCUGGAAAGGCGAGUGCUGACGGCACGGAUCCUGGCAAGAGCACCGUGGGAACCGGCACCGCAAGACCACCAAGUAGUGGUCGUGGCGGCGAGAAGCUGGGUGCCAUGCUUGAGCAGGAGACAGAGUCCGAUAUUCUGCUGGCACGAAAGAGAAGAGAAGCCAACGACCGGUACUUCAGUAGAGUGGACCAGGGCGUUCGAGAUGUGGUGGCUAAACUAGAGGAUGUCGCCAUCACUAUGAGAGCUGUCGAGCAGGAGAGCAGAGAUGUUUGGGGUGAGGAGAGUGUUCCUGGAAGCGCCAAGCCCUAGGUCAACGUGCGAGAACAGUGACCGACAAGCACACAAGAACGUGCGACCUAUUCAUUUGGGGGG